AUGCAUCGUCUUUUUGCUGAGCUGGAGCCAUAUUUAACCGUCACAGAGCAAAACCUGGCAGACCGAGUUCGGUAUAUCUUGCGCUCAAAUAUAUUUGAUGUCGCCGAACUCGAACGGCUACGACGUGAGGCUGUUCCCUCGUCGGAUGAGAAUGCUACGGCUGAGGAUGCGGCGCCACAAAUGGUAGAGCAACCCGCAAACGUGGAUGCCGCCGUGAAUACCCCAGUUGUGGUUGAUUCAAACGAUGAUGGAACAGUCGCCCAGGAACUGGAAUUAGAGCAUAUGAGGAGUACAUUGGAAGAGGCGAUUAUGGAAACGCGCAGUACGCCUCUCGAAAAUCGACCGCGACUUCCCCGCAUAGCCCUAAGCAAGCGGAAUCGGGCUGUCGUGAGGGCUCUGAACCCAAUGCUGGUGACCUAUUUGGAAGCCAGCCGGGACCUUUGCGAGACGGACUCAAUUCUUUUUGGCGCCGCGCUGGCAGUCUGCCGUAUCAUAGGCGCCAAGGUUUCCACGGCUGGACGCGCUACUGGCCAUAGUAGCGCUAUCCCAGCAUGGAGAAGAAGAAUUGAGGAACGUAUCGCAAAGGCUAGAGUUCUCAUCGGCAGACUGAUAUGCUUCAGAUCAGGCAACAACAGGCCAAGAAUUGUGCGCACCGUCAGGAUGGCGUUUGCUGGGACAAAUGUCAGUUUGUCCCAGCCGGAUAUAACGCAAAAACUGACGGAGCGCAUAGAUGAUCUGAAGCAGAGAAUCGCUGCUUGGGGAAAACGGAUUCGGCGAUAUACCGAGAGGUCGACACGGUUCAACCAGAAUCGUCUCUUCCAGAGUGAUCAGAAGAAGCUCCAUGAAUCAUUGGAGCGACCAAUGGUAAGUGGAACGGGUCCAGCACCAAAUCAGGCCGACACUGUAGCAUUCUGGCGCGGCCUGUGGUCAGAGCCCGUAAACCACAGCGAGGGCCCUUGGACGGAAGUUGUGGCGAGUCAGUGUGCGGGUAUUACGCCCAUGGACCCCGUCAUCAUAACGCCGGAUGACGUAGCUGAGGCGGUCCGUAGGGCCCCGAACUGGAAAAGUCCGGGGCUUGACGGGCUGCAUCACUACUGGCUGAAGGGGUUCAUGGUUUGUCACUCUGUGCUCGCCCGACAGUUUCAAGAAGCUCUCGAACCAGAAGUCGCUCCCAAGCCUCUUCACUACUGGGAUCACUCAUUUGGUUCCUAA